AUGGAGCUCCUGGACCCGGCCCUGUACCCGGCCCUGUACCCGGCCCUGUACCCGGCCCUGUACCCGGCCCUGUACCCGGCCCUGUACCCGGCCCUGUACCCGGCCCUGUACCCGGCCCUGUACCCGGCCCUGUACCCGGCCCUGGACCCGGCCCUGGACCCGGCCCUGUACCCGGCCCUGUACCCGGCCCUGGACCCGGCCCUGGACCCGGCCCUGGACCCGGCCCUGUACCCGGCCCUGUACCCGGCCCUGGACCCGGCCCUGGACCCGGCCCUGGACCCGGCCCUGGACCCGGCCCUGGACCCGGCCCUGGACCCGGCCCUGGACCCGGCCCUGGACCCGGCCCUGGACCCAGAAUCUGUCGAGGGUUCACAGGUUGUGGGUCACGGCACUAAUGAGGCUCGGCUCUGGCUCCUGGUGUUCAGUGACCUGUGGUGUACAAUCCCCCACGACCGCCACCAAAGGGGACAUCAUCACUUUACAACCGCAAACCGUUCAUCAGUCAUGGCGGAGUUGGACCUGAGCCUUAGUGACGCCCUCACAGACGGGGUCCUCACAGACGGGGCCCCCCAGCCCAGUCCGGAAACACGGGUGGAGCGGGACUUUGUGGCUCAGCUGGAGGCCGAGACCUUCGAGGACCAGGUGGGAGAGACCGUGGGCAAGACCGACUACAUCCCCCUGCUGGACAACCACGACCCCCGAGCAGCAGUGGGAUCAGCGCUGGAGAACGGGAACAAGGAGGUGCAGGGAGUGCAGAAGCCCGGUCUGAAGCUGGCGUCGUCUCAUCCAGAGCCACAGGGAGAAGUGCGGCCUCCUGCCCCCACACACCUGCAGGCCUUCGACAUCCACCUGUCAGAAGAGAACAGAUGA